CAUCGGAAGUGGUUGUUCUCAUGGUGGUGGUCGGUCGGUCGGACGGAUCCGGCAAAAAGUGCGCGCGUUUUGUGGAACUAAAAGAGGAAAUUUUGGUGUGUCGGUCAGUUUCGGCCGUUGGGGUUGUUUUGACAAUCGCAGCCGGAAGUGCUCGCUUUCAAAAGUAGCACCUGGAAUGCGGAGCCGGAAGAUUUAAAGUGGAAGAAAUAUUAUUGUGGUUAGCGGCGAUGAAGAAACGUUGAGUUCCAUUAAUGAAGUAAAUCGACUGUGGAAUUAGGUGGAAAGAUAAUGAAUAAUGUGUUGAAGUAAGCAUUAAAAAUUCGUGGAUAAAAAAUCAAUUCAAAUCAAGUGUGACCAAUGUGGUUGAUCAACCGAAAACACGAAGAAAAUAUUGUGUCGUGAUAUGAUAGAACCGAAGUGAAAAGGAUAAUCCCCAUAAGCAGAGUACUGGCGACACCAGGCUGUAGCUAGGAUUUUCCAUCGUUUUUAGAAGGUACGUAAUGUACCGGAAGAUCGUUCAUGAAAGGAAAAUAUUAGCAUAAUCGUGAGCUAAAUGAUCUGCGGGAUGUCCCGACGCAAAAAUUUGAUUUGAAAUAAUCAGUGUCUGAGAGGUGGGGGAAAGAACACACAAUGAUGGAGCUGUCAACGCCAGAUGGUGCCAUCAUCGAUCGAUCGCUGGUCAUCCUGGAAUUUGUAACUUCGACUACCAGUGCCAGUGCGAUAAGAGACGCGAAAACCGCCGAUGGGUUCGAUUUGCUGGCAUCGAGCGCAUCCGGUGCGUUUCUGGUGCCCUCGCAGCUAGAUAUUAACAGCACUACGGUCGCCGCGAUUGAAGCUGCUGCCGGUGAGCAUCUCGCCGCCAAAGCGGACCCCAUCUGCAUCAUACUGCCCAUCACCAUUUUCUACUGCUUCAUCUUUGUUACCGGAAUCGUGGGAAAUCUGGCGAUCUGUAUAGUGAUAGCGAAGAACCGGGCGAUGCACACCGCCACCAACUACUAUCUGUUCAAUCUGGCGGUGUCCGACUUUCUGUUGCUGCUGUUUGGUAUGCCACUGGAGGUGUACGGCACCUGGUACCCGUACGCGUACCCCUUCAACCAGCUAGCCUGUAUCAUGACGGGUUUGCUUUCGGAAACGGCCACCAACGCUACGGUCCUAACCAUAACGUCGUUCACCGUCGAGCGGUACAUUGCGAUUUGUCACCCGUUCCGAUCCCACACGAUGUCGACGCUAUCGCGCGCUGUCAAGUUCGUGAUUGCCAUCUGGCUGGUAGCGUUCGGAUUGGCCACCCCACCGGCGCUCCAAUUUGGGGUGGUGGAAAACGGUCCCUCGAGGCUCUGCACGAUCAAAAACCGCCACUUUGCGUACGCCUUCGAAGUGUCCAGCUUCCUGUUCUUCGUCGGCCCAAUGACAGUCAUCGCGGCUCUCUACGUGCUGAUCGGAAUCAAACUGCGGAAAAGUAAACUGCUGCAAGUCGUCAAGCGGCAGGGGGCGAGCUGCGGCACCGACUGCUCCGGGGUGGUGACAUCCGGUGGGAUGGGCAGCUCCCGCGGAGUCACCGGUCAGACACGUGUGAUACGAAUGCUAGUGGCUGUCGUGACAACGUUCUUCUGCUGCUGGGCUCCCUUCCAUGCACAGCGACUGAUGGCCGUGUAUGGGGCGGUAACAAACACGAACAAUGUGUUCUUCUUCAAAAUCUACACCAUUCUGACGUACAUCUCCGGUAUAUUGUACUAUAUGUCGACCUGCAUCAACCCACUGCUGUACCACAUCAUGAGCCACAAAUUCCGAGAUGCAUCGAGGCGCACCCUGAGACUUUGCUGCUACGGAGCCAGCUCGAAGCGGGCGGACGGUCAGAACCACACGUACAGUGCCCUCUCGCGGUACGGCAUAACCGGCAAUGGUGGUUCCCUCAAGCUUGCCUCCAAUCUAACCUACAACAGCGGCACCCAUCCAGUCCGUCCGAACUCGGAAGUGCAACUGUGCCACCAGGAGUCCGAAAUGUCCCUGCUACGGAGCGACGGAGCGGGCCGAUACAGCCAGAAACCCGAUUCACACUGCGUCUCGAGCAGCAGCCAGUCCACAAUUAUCACCACCGUCAGCAAUGGGGGACGAUCUUCUUCAAACGAGAAAAAACAUCCCAACGGCAAACUCAACCAUCGCAGUUCGGGCAGCUUUGGGUCGCGGGGCAGCAUCCGUAUGCAAGCCCUCUCCUCAUCCGGGGGAGUUCCUUCCCUGGAGAAUGGUGACCCGAGUGGAAAACUGUCCACCAUCGCGGAGAAACUUCGCCGCGGAACGAAGAAAGUACUCCAGUUCAGUAAGUCUCCGCCAAUGUCCCCCACGAUGACGGAGCCGGUGGCUCAAGAGGAUAAGCGGCGCUGGCUGCGGAAGAAGGAAAGUGUCGAUUCGGUUGACACCAACACGAUAAGCAAUUCAAGCCUAAAAGAGUACGACGAGGAGGAGUUUUCCAGCGCCGAGCUGGCCAGGUAUAUGGCCGAAGUUAACAACGAGAUUCGUUGAGAUUCGGAAAUGGUAACCGCGCGUAGAUCGACAGGGGCCAAAUUUUUAUGGUGAAAGGAAAACGAAACAAUGCAAGGAACAGUACAAAUUUUUCAGAGAAAAACGGAAAUGCGGAAGCACAGCACACAGAAUAAACCAUUAAUGUUAGGGGGGAAAACGGUAGUCAGCGAUCGCUCGAAAACGGCUCAGGAAAAGUUGCAAGUCUUCGUUGUUGAUAUGGCCUGCAUAUAGUGAUAAGAUGUUAAGAUUCUAAGCAGCAAUUUCUAGAGGUGUGUUAGAUCUUAGGGAUAUUGCGAAACACUUUAUUUAUUAAUGUUGUUAAUUAGACAUCAAAUGCUCGACAACUGUGAACGCCACGCGGAAGAAUACUUUAUUUUUAUUGAGAUAUUCAAGUAUUUGAAUGAAUGAAAUUUCACCGUAAGCUAGCAGGUUAAAUUGUGUUGAGGGUAUAUAAGGAUUCGAAAAAUAUCAUCAAUUUCAAAGUAUUAAUAAA